GUGCGGUGCUGCGUCUCCAACCUUCCGCCGGAGCGGCUAGUUGCGGGUUGUAGUCCUCAGCAGGUUUUCCUCUCUGCCUGGGAUAGUCAGGUUGAAUUUUGUUCGCCGGACCCUAGCCAUAGCGUCUUGGAGAAAACUGAGUCGCGGGCGAUGGCGCUGGAGCCUCUGGGGACCCUCUCCUGACGCCUCCGUAGCCUGGGAGGAUGCAGUUUCUUGUGGGUCCAGGCUGGUGGCGUGGACGCGCGAUCACGGCAUGUGUCUCCGGGGCUGCCUGUCGGAUGCUGCCCUUGCCUCUCCCCGUGCUGAGCCGCGGGGCUGCUGCCCGCUCCAGGGCUCUGGACAGUCUCCACAGCUCUGCAGAGCGCAAGGAAAAAAUUGACAUGUCUAGAUUCCCUGUUGAAAAUAUUAGAAAUUUUAGUAUCAUCGCACAUGUGGAUCAUGGCAAAAGUACUUUAGCUGACAGGCUCCUAGAAUUGACAGGGACAAUUGAUAAAACAAACAAUAAUAAGCAAGUUCUUGAUAAAUUGCAAGUGGAACGAGAAAGAGGAAUCACUGUUAAAGCACAGACAGCAUCUCUCUUCUAUAAUUGUGAAGGAAAGCAAUAUCUUUUAAAUCUCAUUGAUACACCAGGCCAUGUUGAUUUUAGUUAUGAAGUAUCCAGGUCACUGUCUGCUUGCCAGGGUGUUUUACUUGUGGUUGAUGCAAAUGAGGGUAUUCAAGCCCAAACUGUAGCAAACUUCUUUCUUGCCUUUGAAGCACAGCUAUCAGUGAUUCCAGUUAUAAACAAGAUAGAUCUGAAGAAUGCUGAUCCUAAAAGGGUUGAAAAACAAAUUGAAAAGGUGUUUGAUAUUCCAAGUGAUGAAUGUAUUAAGAUUUCUGCUAAACUUGGAACAAAUGUUGAAAGUGUUCUUCAGGCAGUCAUCGAAAGAAUACCCCCUCCUAAAGUACAUCGCAAAAAUCCCCUGAGAGCUUUGGUAUUUGACUCCACUUUUGACCAGUAUAGGGGUGUGAUAGCCAAUGUAGCGUUGUUUGAUGGAGUGGUUUCCAAAGGAGAUAAAAUUGUAUCUGCACAUACUAGAAAGACAUAUGAAGUUAACGAAGUGGGAGUUUUGAAUCCUAAUGAGCUGCCAACUCAUAAACUAUAUGCAGGACAGGUGGGCUAUCUGAUUGCUGGGAUGAAAGAUGUCACUGAAGCACAAGUAGGAGAUACAUUAUAUUUACAUAAACAACCAGUGGAGCCCUUGCCUGGGUUUAAAUCAGCGAAACCAAUGGUAUUUGCAGGAAUGUACCCUGUAGAUCAAUCUGAAUAUAAUAACCUGAAGAGUGCUGUAGAGAAACUGACUUUAAAUGAUUCCAGUGUGACAGUUCAUCGGGAUAGUAGCCUUGCCCUAGGUGCUGGCUGGAGAUUGGGAUUUCUUGGACUUUUGCAUAUGGAAGUUUUCAACCAGAGAUUAGAGCAAGAAUAUAAUGCUUCUGUUAUUUUGACAACCCCUACUGUUCCAUACAAAGCUGUUCUUUCAUCAGCAAAAUUGAUAAAGGAAUAUAGAGAAAAGGAAAUUACAAUCAUCAAUCCUGCACAAUUCCCUGAUAAAUCAAAAGUAACAGAAUAUUUGGAGCCAGUUGUUUUGGGUACAGUUAUCACACCAGAUGAAUAUACUGGAAAAAUAAUGAUGCUUUGCCAGGCUCGAAGAGCAAUUCAGAAGAAUAUGGUGUUUAUUGAUCAAAAUAGAGUUAUGCUUAAAUAUCUCUUCCCUUUGAAUGAAAUCGUGGUGGAUUUUUAUGAUUCUUUGAAAUCCCUGUCUUCUGGAUAUGCUAGUUUUGAUUACGAAGAUGCAGGCUACCAGACUGCAGAACUUGUAAAAAUGGAUAUUCUACUGAAUGGAAAUAUUGUAGAGGAGCUAGUAACUGUUGUACACAAAGACAAAGCACACUCUGUUGGCAAAGCGAUAUGUGAACGUCUGAAAGAUUCUCUUCCCAGGCAGCUGUUUGAGAUAGCAAUUCAAGCUGCUAUUGGAAGUAAAAUCAUUGCAAGAGAAACUGUGAAAGCCUAUAGGAAAAAUGUUUUGGCAAAAUGUUAUGGUGGUGAUAUUACCCGAAAAAUGAAACUUUUGAAGAGACAAGCAGAAGGGAAGAAAAAAAUGAGGAAAAUUGGCAAUGUUGAAGUUCCAAAAGAUGCUUUUAUAAAAGUUCUGAAGACACAAUCUGAUAAUGGGAAAAUAUAAGGAAUUUUUAUAAAUUAAAAAUUGUGUGUCCUUUAGUUUUUCUUAGAAUUUGUUGAAAACAAUGAAAAUUAUAAAAUUUGCUUGUUACUAGGUUUUUCAGAUUCAAGUAACCUAGGGCUUUCUUUGAAAGGUAGUAGGUAAGAGCUUGGAUUCUGAAGCCAUAUUAAUUGGCUUCAAAUUUCUGUUCAACCACUUACUAGCAAGGUAAAUUAAUUACCCUAUUUACUCUUUAGUACUAUCAGGAUUACACUGUUACCUCUCCUCCAUAGGUUGCUGUGAAGAUUAAAUGAGAUAAUAUGUUUAAAAGAGUACAUAACACAUAGUAAGUUCUUACUGAAUCUUAGUUUGUUUUCAUGAAUAUUUUUUCUGACACUAAAAGGCUUCCAUACUUAAGAUUCUAUCUAGUUCAAGCUCAAGAUAAAGUAUUUUCAAAAUCAUCUUAAGUAUCAAUUUGUUAGCUGGAUAAAUCUAGAUAAUAUAUAUAUAUGUGAGUCAGUUAUUAAGUAAAGUCAAAUAACAUACUAUCUAGACGUGUUGUAGUUUUUGAUAAAAUUUUUAUAAAUGUUAGUUUGAAACUGGAGGUUUAUUUAUACAUCUAAGUUCAAAUAAGGGUGGGGGUGUCUUAUUUCUGAUAAUUAAAAUGCACUUGUGUAAAGUUAUAGGCGUUUUGUAUUAGCAGCAGCUUUUAUUAAUGACAGUUUAAUACUGCUGUCUAGAUUACAUAAUUGAAGAGACUGAGCUUCAGAGUAAAGUGGCUUACUUAGGUCACACCGCCAGUAAAUGGCUGUCCUUACUUCAAAGCAUGUACUCUUAACUUGUAUGUCAAUAAACCAACCUGAGAGGAGAUUGUAUUACAGUAAAAUAAAAUACAGUUGACCCUUGAACAACAACAGGGAAUUAAGGGCACUGACCAUUCAUUUUAACUUAAGGUGGUGCUCUGAAUAUGUGGGUUCCUAAUUGCCUCUUGACCUUUUAACAGUGUUGGUUUGCACUGAGAGGAUCAAUUGAACUAUGCAGGCUAAUUGAAAAAAAAAAAGUCUUUUUAAGUGGACCCACCCAAUUCAAACUCUAGUUCAAAGGUCAACUAUAAUUUAGCCAUUGAUUUCUGUCCUCUACCUUGACUGAGUUGAAUGAGAUAAAUGUCUUUUAGGGAUAAGACUAUCAAUGAUGAAUUUUAUACUAAGGUUAUUACAUUAUGAGGUAAUUUUAAUUAUAAAUUAAGAAGUGGGGACUUUCUUAAAAUUGUACAUAGAGGUUAAUUAAAUAACUUGUGAAUUAGUCCUAAAUAAGUUAUCUCCCUUAUCCUUUCUAGCUCUAAUAAAAUAGAUGAAAAUUGAGCUCUAUGACAACAGUAUUUUGGAAAAUAUAUUUGAAACUAGAAAAGCAGUUAAAUAGUUUCUAAAGCAAAAUCUACCAUUAUUACCAGGGGCAAGUUAAAGGUUGGUACCUGGCACAUAAUAUGCACCAUGUUUCUAUUUAAUAUUUGUGCUUUAUUAGUAUGCUUGCAAUUUGGACACAUUCUCUUUGACUCUAAAAAAUAGUUUUAUUGGUAGUAAUGAUUGUACAAUAAAGUAUUUUUCAAAAUUUUUUAGCAUAA